AUGGAGGCCCUCCCCGAGGCCGCGGCGGGCCCCGCCGCGCCGCCGCUGGAGGGGCGGCGCACCCUGCGCUUCGAGGACGUCAGCGAGGCCAUGGACGAGCUGGAGCAGGAGAACGACCAGCUCCGGGAGGAGGUCGAGCGGCUCCUGUCCACGCAGGGGAGGCGGCCGAGCCAGGGCAGCCGCCGGGCGAGUUCGGACUUGCUGGAGGACGGGCCGAGGCAGCGGUGGUCCCGGGCGGUGUCCGCGGUGUGCAGCCGGAGGAGCUCCUUUGCGGCGGCCUCCUGCCGAGGCAGCGCCGAGCUGGACGGCCAGCUCGACGCCGCGCUGGUGGAGAACCACGAGCUCAGCGACCGCCUCCGCAGCCUGGAGCGCGAGCGGCAGCGGGACAGGGAGGCGCAGGCGUGCCACGAGGCGGCGGUGGCCGAGCUCUCCGCCAGGGUGCGCCAGCUGGAGCGGGAGAACCUCGAUCUGGAGGCGCGCAACGAGGAGCUGGAGACGCGCCACGCGGCGAGCAGCGACGGCCUCGAGGGCUCGGGCUCGGACGGGGCCGCGCCCGCGAGGCGCGGCACGCCGCGGGGCGCUGGCCGGGGCGCCCCCGCCGCGGGCGCGCGCGCCCGGCGCAGCACGCAGCGCAGUGCCGGCCGGAGCUCCGUCGCGACGUGCCGCCCGGAGGACGAGCUGAGGCCGAGCCUGCUCCGGGCGGAGACCAGAUCGCCGAGCUGGAGGCCGAGCUCGCAGAGGCGCGGGCGGAGCAGGGGCAGCUGUUGGGCCGCGCGCAGCAGCUCGAAGCCGAGUGCGAGGAGCUGGGCGUGCUGCUGGAGCAGCAGCGCAAGGCCACGGACCACAGCCGGCGCGAGGCGGAGAUGCUCCAGGCGGAGCUGCUCCCUUUGCGGCUGCCCGCCGGCAGUGGGGCCGAGCCCCGGCAGGGCUGGAGCCUGCUGCGCCAGCUCCUGCACGCGGCCGACCCGGCCGCGGACGCCUCGUCCUCAGGACGGGGCGACCUGUGCGGAGCCCCUGGGCGCAGAGGGCCAGUCCGGGCGCAGCACGGCGGCCAGCGCGGCCGGGGAGGGCGGCGGCCCCCGCGGCAGCACGGGCAGCACCGGGAGCUCCGGCUGCGACGGCGGCGCGCAGGCGGAGCUGCUGGCCCUGCGGCAGGAGUGCGGGCGGCUGCGGGAGGAGGCGGCCGAGGCCCGCGGGGACGCGGCCAGGGUCCCCGAGCUGCUCUCGGACAUCAUCGGCCUCCAGGACGACGAGCUGGCGGCCGCCCAGGCGACCGUCCGGGAGCUGGAGGCCCAGGCGCGCCCGGACCUGCUCACCCGCUGGUUCGACAGCAUCGCGUGUGCGGGGGCGCGGCCCUCGCCUGGGCCCGCGGCCAUGCCGGCGCCCCCGAGCUGA